CAUUCAUUCACAUUCCAUUCUUCCUCCAAACUCAUAACCUUUCAUCAGAUCGGUUCAGUUCAAUUCAAAGGCUGACAAUUUCGUGUCAUUGCUUGCUUUCUUUUUGGCCUAUCCACAUCUUCUACUUCUUCUUCUUCUUGCUACCCUUUUUUUUUUUUCUUAUACUCUUCUCAUUUACAACUUGGGAGUUGAGGUAGAGUUUUUUGUUUUUUAACAACAUAGAAGUAAUGUAUAGUUGGGAGAAAUCGUUGAGAGAAGAGAGAUCAAGAAAUAAUCCCAAGAACCCUUCUUUUUCUUCCAGCCUCCUGGAUGAAAUCUACCGUUCAAUAGAUGGAUAUGAUGAAAAAGGUGAGGAGUGGAAGUUAAACAAAGAAAGAAGUCAUGCAACUUCCAUCAAGAAGCACAAUGGAGGCAGAGCAAAGUCUAGUAGUAUUGUGGAAGAUGAAGAAAUGGCGAGCCUCAAAAGAGCUUGCUUGAUUGAGAAAUGGAUGGAGAAAAAAGUCCAUGAGAAAGUCUCUUCUCAAAGAAAAGAGUUGGACAACGAUCCUCUCUUCUUUAGUUCAGGUUCCAGUUCCUCUGAUUCUAGUUCUGGUGGACUUUCAUCAUCAGACACCGAGUUUUUCGCCUCGAUAAAGACUAGAAAAUCUUGCUUUGCAUCAUCGAGGCCUAAACUUGUUAGGACAAGUGUUUCACCACGAAGGGGACAGCAAAAAAAUGAGUUUUUGAUGUUUAGCAGAGAUCAGGAGUCAGUUGAAACAGAGGAAAAUCUGAUCAAGUCGAAAUCCAGGGCCUUAAAGAUCUAUGCGAAUUUGAAGAAAGUGAAACAGCCCAUUUCCCCCGGUGGCCGACUUACCAGCUUCAUCAACAAUCUAUUCACUAAUGGACAUUCCAAGAAAUCAAAGGCUUGUUCUGAAGAAGCAAAUGUUGAGAAGAAGAAAUCAAACAAGAGCUCGUCCAUUAGUCAAGUAUCUUCUUCAGUUUCAACGUGUUCAUCAGCUUCUUCAUUUUCGAGAUCAUGUUUGAGCAGGAGUUCACCAAAUUCAAGGGCUAAACUCAAUAACGGUGCUAAAAGGACGGUCAGGUUCUGUCCUGUUAGCGUAAUUGUUGACGAAGACUGUCGGCCUUGUGGGCACAAAAGUACGUAUGAUCAAGAUUCUGACAGAUUUGGUAAGCCACCAUUAAUGUCACAAAAUUCAACAGUUCAGAGGAAAACUGAAGGGGCUGCUGCAGCUGCUGAAAGAGACAGAGAUAACUUGAAAGCCUAUCAUCAGAAUCACAAGAAGGAGAACUUUGCCAUUGAUAGAAUGAUUCAAGAUCAUCAUGAAGAAGAUUAUGACGACGAUGAUGAAGAUGCAGCCAGUGAUUCGAGUUCUGAUUUGUUUGAAAUUGAUCAUUUGGCAUUGUUCGGAAACAAUAGAUUUUGUGAAGAACUUCCAGUCUAUGAAACCACACACCUUGAUACAAAUCGGGCUAUUGCUAGUGGCUUGAUUCGUUAGUUAUUUACCCCAUCAAGAAAAAUGAUUGCUGAUGAUGUAAAUGUUUGGCUUUUUUGUUAUUUGCGAUUCAAAUAAUGCUCAGUACUUCUAUGCUUUUGAUCA